AUGGAUAAUGAUAGAUAUUUUUAUAUUUCUGGCUACGAGAAGCAUGAAGUAAGACGAUGGUGGUUGGGCGACACGAAUGGAGCACUGGUAGCAGGUGGUCAUGGAGAAGGUAAUCGUCUCAAUCAGCUCAAUAGUCCUGAUCACAUCUUUGUGGAUCAAGAUUAUUCAGUGUACAUAUCAGAUGAGAACAAUCAUCGUGUAAUGAAAUGGAUAAAAGGUGCUAGAGAAGGGAUUGUUGUUGCCGGUGGUACUGUUUAUGUUGCAGAUUGUGACAACAAUCGAGUAAUGCGUUGGUCAAAAGAAGAUAAACAAGCUAUCGUUAUUGUUGAUGGAAAUAAUCAAGCAGAGCAACCGAAUCAACUCCAUUAUUCUCAGGGUUUAUCAUUUGAUCGACAUGGCUAUCUCUAUGUUGAUGAUUUUGACAAUGAUCGAAUACAGCGAUUCAAUAUUGAUCCAAGAUCGAGUUAG